AUGGUGUAUAUUCGCGCCGCACACGCCGAGACAGACCUCCGCGUCCUCCGCCGUCUCAUCCACGAAAACCCCCUCGGCAUGUUAACAACCGGCAUCAAAUCCCCAACCUACUCCUUCCUCCAAAGUAGUCAUAUUCCCUUCCUCUUGGACGAAUCCAACGACUCAGAACUUGGUUAUCUACGCGGCCAUCUCGCGCGCCAAAACCCCCAAGCCAAAGCCAUGAUAGAGCACUGCUCUUCCAACCCUUCACUCAACAACUAUCUCGAAGAUGAAGUUCUAGUUGUCUUCACAAAGGCUGCGCAUCAUUAUGUUACGCCGAAAUUCUAUACUGAGACAAAACCUGCGACAGGAAAGGUCGUGCCGACGUGGAAUUAUGCUGCUGCGCAAAUUUAUGGCAAGGCGAGGAUUUACUUUGAGAAUAAUGAGGAGACAUCAGAUUUUCUUCAAAAGGCUGUUUCAGAUCUUACCGACCAUAACGAGACGAAUACCAUGGGAUAUACAGGUGGUGAUAGGCCGACGCCGUGGAAGGUGACGGACGCGCCAGACAAGUAUGUUCAGUUGCUAAAGAGGAACAUUAUUGGUAUCGAAAUUGAGGUUACCAAGUUUGAGGGCAAAUUUAAGAUGAGUCAGGAGAUGGGACAGGGAGAUCGGGACGGUGUUGUUAAGGGUUUUCAGGCUUUGGGGAGGGAGGUUGGUGAUGAGGUUGCUGGAAUGGUCAAAGAGCGUGGGGAGUUGAAGGAUAAGAAAUAG